AUGACUGGAUGUAAAUCUGCAGAUACUCCAGUUGAGGUCAACAAUAAUCUGGUAAACUCAGCAGACGACGUACCAGUGAACAAGGAGAGAUAUCAACGUCUUGUAAGGAAGCUGAUAUAUCUCUCACACACUAGACCUGAUAUUUCAUAUGCUGUGAGUUUGGUAAACGAGUUUAUGCAAGCCCCGUGUGAAAGACACAUGGAAGCUAUUAACCGGAUUCAAAGAUAUCUAAAGUCAACACCUGGGAAGGGCUUGAUGUUCAGGAAAAAUGAUAGAAGAUGCAUAGAAUCCUACACUGACUCAGACUGGGCUGGUUCCGCUAAUGACAAUAAAUCAACCUCGGGGUAUUGUACCUUAGUAUGCGGAAACUUCGUUACAUGGAGGAGUAAGAAACAGGGUGUCGUGGCUAGAAGUAGUGCCAAAGCUGAAUACAGAGCUAUGAGCUUGGGUAUCUGUGAGGAAAUUUGGUUGAAGAAUGUAUUAGUAGAUCUUCUCAAGAGAGUCUUGACCAAUUGA